AUGAACCGUGAAAGGGGAGUUAAACCCUCAUCUUCACGGCAUAACAAUGUGGUUUCCCAAGCUUUCACUGUUCCUUCUAUCAAUUGGUAUUUGCUGUUCGCUAUUCCAAGCACCCGCUUUUGCGAUCAAAAAGUCUACUUGGGGUCGCAUGCACACGGCCCAGAAGUUACGGAUGCUGAUCUUAAUCGAGUGACUGAUUCUCAUUAUAAUCUCCUCGGGUUAUUCUUGGGAAGUAAGGAGAAGGCCAGAGAAGCCAUCUUUGACUCGUACCAAAGACAUAUCAACGGUUUUGCUGCCACCCUUGAAGAGGAAGAGGCUGCUGAGAUUGCAAUGCAUCCUGAAGUUGUAUCAGUUUUCCCAAACAGACUAAGUAAAUUGCAAACGACUCAUUCAUGGGAACUCAUGUCCCUGGAAUGGAAUGGUGAGGUGGUUCCUGGUUCCUUGUGGACGGAAGGUAGAUUUGGUGAAGACACCAUCAUUGCAAACAUAGACACCGGCGUUUGGCCCAGAUCAAAAAGCUUUUGCGACGAAGGGAUUGGACCUGUUCCGUCCAGGUGGAAAGGUGAAUGUCAGCUUGACUCUGAGGCUGGGGUUGGUUGUAACAGAAAGCUCAUUGGAGCAAGGUACUUCAACAAAGGUUUUAUUUCAAAUGGUGGAGGGGUGAACUCUUCUCAAUUAAAUGCCCUUGACGAGGAUGGCCAUGGCACUCACACACUUUCAACAGCGGGUGGGAGCUUUGUUCCAGGAGCCACCGUCUUAGGUGUGGAUUACGGGACUGCCAAAGGUGGCUCGCCUAAAGCGCGGGUAGCUGCUUAUAAGGUGUGCUGGGGACCAAAAAAUAAAUGCUUUGACUCUGAUGUCCUGGCUGCAUUUGACAUGGCCAUACAUGACGGGGUUGAUGUGAUUUCAGUGUCACUCUCUUCUAAAGAUGUAGGUAGUGGUUACUUCGAUGAUGUCAGAGCCAUCGGAGCAUUCCAUGCCGUUAAACAUGGUAUUACAGUUGUAUUCGCCGCUGGAAAUACAGCAAGGCAUGGAGCUGGAUCGGUUAGGAAUUUCGCACCUUGGAUGAUAACCGUUGCAGCCAGCACCUUGGACCGAAAAUUUAAAGAUUAUGUUGAACUAGAAAACGGUCUUCACCUUGAGGCUGAAAAGUGUGAUAUGUCCAGGUUUGACUCAUCUCUUAUUCCUCAGAUUGUCUCCACCACUGAAAAUGAAUUUCUAUGUGCAGCCCCAUCACUCUAG